AUGACCAUACCCAACGGAAAGACAUUCUUGUUGCAACCUUUGUCGUUCAAUGGUCCAUGCAAACCUGGAACCAUUACAAUUGAGAUUAAAGGAAGUAUCACCGCCCCAAAAGACGUUAAACUAUGGAAAUUCUCAAGUGAUCGAAAGAAUGUGUGGAUCCGGUUCUCAGAAAUAAAUGACCUUAUUGUCAAUGGAAAAGGAGAUAUCGAUGGUCAAGGUUCUUCGUGGUGGUUGAGGUAUCCUGGAGAUCAAGACAGGCCAACUGCUCUUCAAUUUCUUGGGUGUCAAGAUCUAAAACUUAAUGACUUGACUCACAGGAAUAGUCCAAGGAAUCAUAUAAGUAUAGAUACUUGCAAAGGAGCUUUCAUUUCCAAUCUUCAUAUAAUUGCAGCACCAACAAGUCCAAACACCGAUGGAAUUGAUAUCUCACAAUCAUCCAAUGUCUUCAUUACGAACUCAUUCAUUGGAACUGGUGAUGAUUGCAUCGCAAUUAACUCCGGCUCAAGAUUUAUCAACAUAACCGGUGUUUUUUGUGGACCUGGCCAUGGCAUCAGUGUUGGUAGCCUCGGAAAAAAUGGAGCAUUUUCCACGGUAGAACAAGUAUAUGUAAGAAAUUGCACAUUCACCCGAACUUCAAAUGGAGCUAGAAUCAAAACAUUCACGGGUGGAUCUGGAUAUGCAAGGAACAUUAAAUACGAAGAUAUUACACUUGUUGAAGUCGAGAACCCUGUGUAUAUUAACCAGAAUUAUAUUCCAGUUCAAGAUAGCGCAGUGGAAGUAAGUGAUGUUACUUUCAGCAACAUACAUGGAACCUCAACUGGUAAAUAUGCAGUCGAACUUCUGUGUGAACCCAACAUCGGCUGCACCGACAUUGUUCUGAAUAACAUUAACAUAAAACCUAUUUCUGGAGGAGAAGCACUUGUGUCGUGUAGUAAUGCACAUGGACGAUGCACUUCUUGUGUUCCAAAUGUUCUGUGUCUUUCUCAAAACAAUGGUACUAUUGUGUACUAG